AUGCUGGAAAUGUCGUACCUCCACCCAGAACAAAGAACGGAGAUUGUGACAAGCAGAAAGAUCCGACGAUGGCGAUUGAACUCGCCGAUCUACUGGCUGAAAUGGCUCAGUGUCACGGUGCACAUAUGGGCAGCAAGCUUUGGUUGGCCAUUGUUCAUCAACAUCUUGAAGGUUGUUCGCGGAGGUGUCUUCAUCGAACUGCCGGACUCCCUCUGGCGUCUUCGGGACAGCAGCGAGGUUCGGCUCACCAAGCCGAUCAUCCUCCUAAUCGGUGUGUCGCACUGGGUUGCCUGCUUGCUUUUUUGCUUCGGGGGCUUUCUGGAGCACCUGCAGCAAUUCGGACCGGAAGCGUCUGAAACGACCUUCCGAGGAGAGGUGAUUGACGGCAAAGUGUCGUCUUAUGUUGUGGCUUAUGUGGAGGCGAUCUACAUGCUGACUGGAGCUUUGGAUGGGCCGACGGGAGAUGGAGCACGAGAAGGGCACUUUGGAGCGCUGAUCAUUGUCGUGAUCUUUGCACCCAUUGGCCAGCUAGUGGUCUCGCUCUUCAUCGCAGCCAUCGUGCAGGAACAAGAUCUGAAGCAUGCACUUGACAAGCGCCACAAUGAGAACAAGGCUUUCAUGCAGCGAGCUGUGCAGACCCUCGGCAUUCCCAAGGAAUUGCAACGGAGGGUCUUCAGCAUGCACUAUUUCCAGAAGAUGAGCCACGACAUUGAGGCCUUUCAGAUCCUCUUCGACGGGAAGAACCUGAGUGGGGCACUCUCAUCCUCUCUGAAGAUAUACCUCUACAAAGAAAGCGUUCUCAACUGCGACUAUCUGCGGGAUAAAGAUCCGAACUACAUCAUUGAGAUUGUGAAGAUCUUGCAAGACGUGGUGUGCCUCCCCGGCGAGUACAUCGCUCGAAGGGGCGAGAUUGCGCAUCAAAUGUUCUUCAUCGCACGCGGGCUUCUCUCUGUGCUGGUGCCUGAUGUGGACCAUCCGAGCGACGUAGCCUACGCAAAAGCAGUUCGUCAGCUGAAGCUCUCAGACUAUUUCGGCGAAGUUGCCCUGAUCAAAGACUGUGUGCGGACAGCUUGGAUCCGGGCAGAUUCCUACGCGUUGCUCUCAUCCCUGUCCCGCUUCGACAUUGAGCCGGUGUGGAAAUAUUUUCCGGAGUACCGGGAAGAGCUCGCGGUGCAGGUCAGCCAGGUCGCUGCCCAAGACAAGCAAAGGAAUGCCCGGAACCGGUGGAAGAACGUCGGUCUCGGUGAGAAGCACAAGAAGCUGAUGGAGCUAAAGAAGAUGGAUGAAGAGAAAGCGGCCUCCUCUUCAUCCAGAAAGACGGCGAGGGGCUCCAUCCUGGCCGCUUCGAUGCACGACGAACCCAACGACGAUCCCGGCGUGCUCGAGUCGGGGGACUCGGCGGCGCUCAAUACGCCAGAAGGCACAGAUGCGGCCACGAAGAUGUUGUCAGAACUGCUUCAGCGCCAAAGCUCCCUGGAGAGAGAGUUCGAGGCACACGGCCGGAUGCUGGGUCAGAUCUUGGACGCUUUACACAGACACGACGACUUGCCGCCUUUGCCCCCGCCACCGGUGCCCCCACCGAAGAAGGUUGUUAAGAAGCUGAAGGCCAAGAAGGCUGCUGCUGGAGCGCCCGGCACGCCCGAGGAGGCAGAGGAGCAUCCCGGAAGUGAGAGCCUUGAGAAGGAGCCCUUGCUCGGCGACAGUUGGAGCGUUGGGCCCGAUGCCGAGGAGGCUGCAUAG